AUGUCCGACCGUUAUUCGUCAGAGAUCAAAGAUGCCUCCCCUCUGGCCCAGCCAUUACACUUCGAAUUCAGUGGACGGACAGCCCAGAACCGAUUCCUCAAGGCGGCCAUGACCGAACGAUUAUCCUCUUGGGACGCGGUACACAAGGAAAAAAGAGGCGUACCUUCAUCAAACUUGAUUCGCCUCUACGAACGAUGGGGCGAGGGACAAUAUGGAGUGUGCUUGACCGGCAAUGUCAUGCUCGACUAUCACCAGUUGGAAGCCAAGGGUAACCCGAUCAUUCCUUUGGAUGCUCCAUUUGAAGGGGAAAGGUUCGAGGCAUUUAAAGAGCUGGCCACCAAAGCCAAGGCCCACGGCAGUCUGAUCCUGGCACAGGUUAGCCAUCCAGGUCGGCAGGUGGAAGAGAGCAUCAACCCAGACCCGAUCUCGGCAAGCGAUGUUCAUCUUGCCGGGAAUGUCAUGGGCAUGAAAUUUGCGAAGCCGCACGCAGCCACCCACGACGAAAUCAAGGACGUCGUCAACCGUUUCACGCAUGCCGCCGAGUUCCUUUCCAAAGCUGGAUUUGACGGCCUCGAACUGCAUGGUGCACACGGCUACCUGCUCGCCCAGUUCUUGUCACUGACAACCAACAAGAGAACGGACGAGUACGGCGGGUCCCUGCGCAAUCGGGCCCGACUCAUCAUCGAAAUUGCAAACUCGAUCCGCCAAAAGCUUCCGGCCUCCUUCGUCUUAGGAAUCAAGAUCAACUCGGUAGAGUUCCAAGACGGUGGCUUCACUCCCGACGAGGCCAAAGAACUAUGCACGUUGCUGGAGGAAGCCACUUUCGACUUCGUGGAGCUGAGCGGUGGUACCUACCAGUCCCCGGGAUUCGUUUACAAGCGCGAGAGUACCAGGAAGCGUGAGAAUUUCUUCCUGGAGUUCGCCGAGAAGAUCACGCCCGGGCUCACAAGGACCAAGACGUAUGUCACCGGUGGGUUCAAGACCGUUACGGGAAUGGUGAACGCUCUCAAGACAGUCGAUGGCGUUGGCCUCGGCAGACCCGCAGCCCAGGAACCAUUCAUCGCGAAGGAUAUUGUCGAAGGCAAGAUCACGGGUAUCAUCAAUCAAAAGGUCGACCAAGACGAUUUCGGCCUGACCACUGUCAUCGCCGGGUCUCAGAUGAGACAAAUGGGCAAAGGCGGUGUGCCGAUUGAUAUGUCGAAGCAGGAGAACGUCGACGCCUUCUUGAAAGAUAUGGCCAAAUGGGGUCAGAAGAUGGCCUCUGGAGAUCCCAACAACUAUGGCUUCGUCGACAUUGAAAGCGUGGCCUUUGUGCCUUAUCCAGUAGUAUGA